GUACAAAUUCAAUUCUGAGGCCCCGUGAAGUUAAAAAGCUCUCCUCCUUGAAUCUAAGAAUUUAGGGUUUUCCUUAGCAAAAGCCCUCAUUAAGCUCUUCUAGGGUUUCCUCCAAUUCUUCAAAUUUCCGAGCUCGUUGUCUUGCAAGCUUUUCUUUAUUAGAUACAUAAAAUGUCAAGGACAAGGGAAGAGAGUGAAGAGCAGGUGGACCUUGAAGGGGACAAUGAACCAGAAGAGACUAUAGAGGAAGAGGUUGAAUAUGAAGAAAUAGAGGAAGAGGAGGAAGUAGAAGUGGAAGUUGAGGAAGAGGUUGAAGAGGAGGUGGAAGAUGAGGACGAGAAUGCUGAGCUUGCUGAUGUUCGGAAAGGCUCUGAUGUUAAUGAGGAGAUGAAUGAUUCUGAGACAGAGGAAGAAAAGAAAAAGAAGCAUGCAGAGCUUCUUGCACUUCCUCCUCAUGGAUCAGAGGUCUACCUCGGUGGCAUUCCUCGUGACACUCCCAAGGAGGACUUGAAGAGAUUUUGUGAAUCUAUAGGAGAAGUCACAGAGGUUAGGAUAAUGAAGGGGAAAGAUUUAGGUGAGGGCAAGGGUUAUGCUUUUGUGACCUUCAGAUCCAAGGAGUUGGCUUCCAAAGCUAUUGAAAAGCUAAAUUAUUCUGAAUUCAAGGGGAGAAAGAUAAAAUGUUCAAACUCUCAAGCAAAGAAUAAGUUGUUCAUUGGUAAUAUUCCAAGAAGCUGGGGGGAGGAAGUUAUGAAGAAGGUUGUAACAGAAGUUGGGCCUGGAGUCAAUUGUAUUGAAUUGUUGAAGGACCCAUUGAACCCCUCUCGAAACCGUGGAUUUGUUUUCAUUGAGUACCAUAAUCACGCAUGUGCUGAAUACUCGAGACAGAAAAUGUUGAAGCCAACAUUUAAGCUUGAAGAUAAUGCUCCAACUGUGAGUUGGGCUGACCCUAGAAAUGCUGAAUCUUCUGCUACUGCUCAGGUUAAGGCAUUGUAUGUCAAGAAUUUACCAAAUUAUAUAACUCAGGAUCGCCUAAAGAAGUUGUUUGAACAUCACGGAAAGAUCACAAAAGUUGUAGUUCCGCCUGCAAAAGUGGGAAAGGAGGACAGCAGAUAUGGGUUUGUGCAUUUUGCAGAGAGGUCAAGUGCUCUGAAAGCAUUGAAGAAUACUGAAAAGUAUGAGAUUGAUGGUCAAGUGUUGGAGUGUUCUCUUGCAAAACCACAAGCAGAUCAGAAGUCUUCUGGAGGACUUGGCUCCCAGAAUUCAACCUUAGAUUCAAGCUUCCCUCCUAUGGGAUUUGGUUUACUUGGGGGAGCAUAUGCUGGUCUUGGAAUGGGAUUUGGUCCUGCAGGAUUUGGGCAGCCGUUAAUCUACGGGCAUGGACCAACCCCUGCUGGAAUGGCGAUGAUGCCAAUGCUUUUGCCUGACGGAAGGAUCGGAUAUGUGCUCCAACAGCCUGGAAUGCAACCAGAGACACCUCCACCACAGCCACGCAGCAGCCGAGGUGGUGGUAGUAGCUCAAGCGGCAGAAGACGCAGCAGCAGUGACAGUUACCGAGGACGCAAUCGGUAUAAUCCAUAUUAGAUUUCAUUUGAGGCUAAGAAUUAGCCGUCAGUAGGCAAAUU